AUGGCCAAGUGCACAGAGCUGUGCUUGUGCUGCUCGCAGCUGGCAGCAGACAACCACCUCCUAGCACAAAUUUGGCCCUUGCCAACAGCCCCUGUGCCGGUCUCUCACGGCUCCCGUGCAGGGACCCAAAGGUCGCAGGAGGGUGCCCCCGGAGAAGCCCUUGGAGAGCGCAGGGGCCAGGAAUGCUGCCAUGAGGGCAGCAAGCAGGGCCUGGCCUGCCUGUCCCUGCGGGAGGGCACAGGGCGGGCGCUGAGGCCCUGCCAGCUGGAGCUGGGAGCUCUGGAGCGCGGCCGGCAGAGAGCCGUGGGCUCCCGCAGCUCUGCAGCCCUCACGGCUGAGGCAGCUGCCCGGGCACAGCCGGCCGGGGACACGCGGCCCGCCCGGGGCCACCCGCAGGGGGACCCUGCUCUGGGGCCAGCCCAGGCCGCAGCAGGGAGCACCCCAAGGGGCAGUGCCCGGGCAGGGAACGGCUCUGCCCGGGGACAGGGCUCCGGGAGCAGGGCAGCAGGGCCGGAGAUGCCGGGCACAGAGAGCGAGGGACACGGUGGUGUAAAGUGUGGAGCCACACCCCAGGUGGGGGUCAGGCUCUGCUCCCAGAAAACAAGGGAGAGGACACGAGGAAAUGGCCUCAACUUCUAUCAGGUUGCGCGCUUCCCGUGCGUCGGCCGGGCCGGGACAGCGGGAACGGGGCCGGGAUUAGGGCCGGGACAGCGGAGCGCUGCUCUCCCGCGGGCAGCCGCCGUGCCCGCGGCGUGCGAGGGAACCGCGCCGUGUCCGGUCCGCCCGGCUGCUGCUCCGAGCGGCGGCGCUGGGGCAGCGCCGAGGCUCCCCCGGAGGCGGAGAGCGGCUCCGGGACUCCCCGGGCAGCCUGCCGGCCGAGCCGCUGCUCCGCUCCCCGGGCUGGCCGGGCUCAGCUCCGUGCCGGGCCCGCCCUGCCCGCCGCGUUCGGCUGCGGACGGAGCCGCCCGCCUCGCCCCGCUGCCGGCCCGGGCCCCGGGCGGCGCCGCUGCAGGAGUCCUAAGCACCAAAGCAUAUCCAGAAUGCCUGCUUCCAGUUGAAAAUUCCAAGCCCAUGUUUUUAUCCCAAAUGGAUCCUCCUGGAGAAGCUGCAGCACAAGAUGAUCCUUUGGUGCUGCUGGAAGAUAGCAGAGGACCUGAAGAUGAUGUUUUUAUUUCUCAGUAUGCUACUGGCCAGAAGGAGGCUCUGAGAGCAGCAUUAAUGCAGAAAACUCAGGUUAUUCCUGUUCAUAAGGAGGUAAAGGUGCAGCUCUUGGGAAGUGCCUCUACAGAAAAAAGGGAAGGUGCUGGGGAUGACACCAGGUCAGCACCGAGGGAAGUUGAGUCUGCAACAACCAUUGCAGCAGCCACUGCUGCUGCCAUUGCCACAACAGCUCCACUUCUCAAGGUUCAAAAUGAUUUGGAAGCAAAAGUGAACUCAGUUUCAGAACUGCUUCAGAAACUGCAGGAGACAGACAGGCAGCUGCAACGAGCAUCUGAACAGCAAAAAAAGGUGAAGGCUCAACAUGAGGAACCCCACUACCACCAGAGAGUCAGCAAGCUUGAAAAACAGAUGAAUGCUUUCAUGGUGCAAAGGAUUCAGCACCUGGAAAAGCUACAGGAGCAACAAAUGAAUAUUCAGUCCCAUCUCAUCAGCUCUGCAGUGAACAGUCGUGGGCUGCAGCUGUGUCCUGUGCCUGUCCCUGGGCCCCUGGCAGGGCACUGGGAGAAGCCAGGGCAGAGAUCACUCACUAACGAAGCACCUUCAUCUCACAGGGGUUUAUUCCCUGCCACUGCUGCACCUGCCCAAGGUGAAGGGAAAGGUCUGGAACACGUUUUGAAUUCUCAAGAAACACCACUAAAGCAAGUAGAAUAUUCCAAGAAGGCAGCAUUAAACAGCAAUGAAAGGAGCUGGCAUUCUGAGAGACACAGACACAAAGCUUUGCCUCCAGAUGCAAUUUCUUCUUUUGAAAGCUACAGUUCAAUUGAGAAAACAGUGCAAAAAGCAGAUCAUUUACUUCAAGAUCUUGGCAAGUUGAGAAGAGAAAUGCACAACAUUCUGCAGGAAGCAACUACAUGGAAAUCUGACAUGAAUGAUCUUAUUAAGGCAAAAAAUCCUCCUGUUGCAGCUGAUCCUCCUGAACAUCAUCUAGUCAGCAAACCAUCCAUCCUUCAAAAUAUCCAAGUGCCAAGGUCUAUACUGACAGAUGCUGAAAGGAUUUUGAGAGGAGUGCAAAACAAUAAAAAAGUCCUUGAGGAGAAUCUGGAAGCUGUUAGUCAUGCAAAAGAUGGAGAUGCCAUGUAUGCUUUCAGUAACUCCUUGACUACAAACAGAGAUGUCCUGGAAGAGAUUCGUAUCCGAAGGACUGUGGAUGAGAGGAUCAAGGAAAUCAGUGAGGAAAUCCAGGCUGAAAUGGCAAGAAAUUAUUCAGAACAAGGGAAACAUGAUCAAAAAUGUACAAAGAGAGCCCAAAACCUCAGGGCUGUGAAGACCAAGAAAGAAACUAAAGAGAAAAAACACCAAGGGUGCUUGACAAAAAAGCUUUUACCUGCAGCUAAGCCAUUGCAGAAGGAAGUAGAAGAUAACACAAGGAAACAGAAGUUUAGAACUUACUUUUCUGAAAAUGUGAAGAGCAAAGAAAGAAGGGCAGAUGGAGCUGUAGGUGGAAUUUCACUGACCCAAUAUGAAGAUUAUCUGUCUCUAGUUUAUGGAAAACCAAUUUACCAGGGCCACCGGAGCACGCUUAAAAAAGGACCUUACCUGAGAUUUAACUCUCCCUCUCCCAAAUCUAAACCGCCCAGACCCAAGCUGAUAGAGACUGUUAGAGGUAAGUGAUUCUUUGAUGGGAAUAAGCUGUUCCUUCCCAGUUUUUUUACCAGGAAUUCCUUGUGAAAAUGAAUCUGUUCAUUUUAGUUCAUCUGCUUUUCAAUAUAAAGCUUAAGCAACUGCAGUGGCUUUUCAGAGAGGUGGUCGCUGCCUCAGGUUGGUCAGGGCUUAAGAGGCAUUUGGAAAAUGCCUUUAAUUUAAUUUUUGUUCAGCCCUGAAGUGGUCAGGCAGUUGGACUAGAUGGUUGUUGUAGGUCCUGUCCAUUUGAAAUAGUUUAUUUAAGAUCCUCUUUUCAAAACUAAAAAAUACCAAAAGUUGUUCAGCUUUGCUUAAUGUGUCUCUCACUUAUUUUAGAUUGUCAAAUAAACACUUAUUUCUAAAUAUGA